CCCUCUCAGAGAGAGCGAGUCGACACAUCCGCCCAGUUUUCCGAUGCCUCCCCUCCCCGUGUUGAAAAUGGAGUUCGAUUACAGCAGUUGUUCGCCAACUUCUGGGGGGGGAAAUUAAAAACCUUUUUUCAUCUCCCUUCUAACGCGCGUUUGUGGAGAAACCCAAUUUUGUGGUUCGACUCCCUUAUCCCUCCCUCCCUUCCAGUUCCCUUCCGGGCGUCGAGGUUGCCUUGAAACGGACAUUAGUCGGACACGUUGGCGGAGCGAGGCUGGCUUUCCAACAAGGCGCUGCUUCAAGUGUCGUCCCGGAGAGCCUUCAAGUUGGCGAAUGGAUGCUCGACAGCCAGCCACAACUGUUACGCCGCCGAACGUGACGGGCUUUUUUUGAGGAUAUAUACAUCCACGCAGCGAGGGGAAUUUUAUUUUUUAUCAUUUUUGUUUUAUCUCCCCACCAAAGCGGAGCUUGUUUGGAAAAGAAGAUGGCUAAUUUUGUGUCAUGGUCGGAUUUUACUUCCAGGGAGGAGAAGGAGAAAUUGUCAUUCUUCCUCCUCGCAAUUUAACGGCUAACGCUAGCUCCACUUCUUUUCUUUUUUCCCCCAAUUUUUCCUUCAUCGAGGGGGAGCAUUCUUACCCUUUUUUACCGAGCACCCCACCCUUAAGCAACACCAAACGAAAACACGGCUCGGUUGUACGUAUGUGGAGGAAAAUGGUGAAUUUUGUGCUAUUUUGUCCCGCCGUCACAGCGCCGUCGAUGCUAGUGCUAGGACUCGGAUCCCCGUGAGGAAGAAAAUGAGUGAAGAUUCAACAAAUCCAAAAAACGAUGACAGUUAUGCGCGUGUGAGAGCAGUGGUCAUGACGCGGGAUGACUCCAGCGGUGGGUGGCUUCCCCUCGGCGGCGGUGGCCUCAGCUGCGUUACCGUUUACAAGGUCACCCCGGCGGAGGACAGUGGCAGCACCCACAGCGGCGGCACCCGGGGCAGCACAGGCAACCUCAGCCCUUGUAGCGCCAGUCCGACGCCCAGUCCAAGUCCCAGCCCCAGCCCCACAGCGGUGGAGUUCUACAUCAAGGGGGAGCGGCUCAAAGACAAACUGGUGGUGCUGGAGUGUGUGCUGCACGAGGGCCUCGUGUACAACAAGAUCAACCCCAUCUUUCAUCACUGGAGGAUCAAUGACAAAAAGUUCGGGCUGACCUUCCAGAGCCCUGCUGACGCUCGCGCUUUCGAUCGAGGCAUACGCAGGGCCAUUGAGGACAUCAGCCAAGGCUGUCGAUCAUUCGGUGAAGGGGAUGCUCAAGAGGACGCACUACCAGCGUGUGAGGAGCCUCCCUCCAUCUGUACGCCGAUGAAGGAGCCCUUCUCGCCCUUGAACAACGUGGUGUCCACCGAGCCCUUCAGGGGCUGCUACGUACGCGCUCAGCCCUUUGACGAGUUCACCUCCAGCAACCGACGUUACCUGCCGCCACAGGUGUCAUUCAAAUCGACCCGCCAUGUCAGCUUUCACAUGGACGAGGAGGAGAUCGUUCGCAUCAACCCGCGCAAGGACGUGCUCAUCCGUGGCUACGAGGACUACCGCCACCCGGUCAUGUGGAAGCAAGAGGCGGAGCGUGAGGACUUGGACUUCCCUGCCACCUUCUACAAACUGGACAGUAAGAAGUGCGAGUACCUCUUCCCCGACGGCCUCGGCGGGGAUCCCCACUCGGGCCCCGGCACGGGCAAGGACAUUGCCAUUAAGACUCAGCCCUCGCCGCUGCUCAAGUCCAAGAAGGGGCGGCGGCGACGGGAGGACGGCGAGCGCUCGCGCUGCAUUUACUGCCGUGAGAUGUUCAACCACGAGGACAACUGGCGGGGGCAGUGCCAAGACGCCCCCGACCCCAUCAAGCAGUGCAUCUACAAAGUCAGCUGCAUGCUGUGUGCCGAGAGCAUGCUCUACCAUUGCAUGUCCGACUCGGAGGGCGACUUCUCGGACCCGUGCUCGUGCGACACGUCCGACGAGCAGUUCUGCUUGCGCUGGCUCGCGCUGGUGGCGCUGUCCUUCAUCGCACCCUGCAUGUGCUGCUACCUGCCAUUGCGCGCCUGCCACCACUGCGGCGAGGCCUGCCGCUGCUGCGGGGGCAAGCACAAGGCGGCCGGGUGACCCCACGCCGCCCCUCUGGGAACCCCUCAAAGCUAGCUAACACAUGAAGCGGAUCAAAGCGGAUCUAUUCAAUGCCGGCAUCCUUUUUUUUCCACCCCCGCCUACUCUUUGGGACAGGGUGGUGGUGUUGAUCGCCAGCUCUGAGGGCAUUUGGAGAUUUCAGUUUGCGUUUGUCGCCGACGAGCUGCAGUGGAGGACAAACUUCAUCUUUGCGUCGAGCUAAGUCCUGAUAAGGAGACGAGGACGUGGAGAUUAACAGACUCGGAGAUGUUACUAAACGCACGGCACACGAAGACACGCAUAUACAUCGACAUACACUUGGCCGAACUCUACUACAAGAAACGUGUAACUUUAUGAAGGAAACGAGUCUUUUUGUACAGAGACAACAACAAAACACAACUAUUCAGAAAAAAAAAUAACUUGCUGUUUGAGUAUGCUAAAAGGGAUACAUAUGUUCUUUUGCUUAUUUUGUGUGACGUUGCAGUCGGGUAACAGUGGCCUUUCCUUCCCUUCAUCCCAGUGUAAUUAGUAGACAGAAAAAAAAAAGUGCACUAGACAUGACAUCUGCCCUUCCUCAUUUUAGCCUUUUAAACACCAGUGUGGUGCAGAACAUGGCCGCUUUCUUCCCUUAGGCAACUGCCUCACGUCGACCCAUUUCGAUUGCAUUCCAAAAGAAAGGGAGUCAUUCCAUUGGUCAGACGGGAAAAUGGUAACAUUAUACCAUGCUGACUUUCCCCAAAAUGUUAUGAAAGAUGACAUCUUAACAAAUUUGAAAGCCCACUUAUUUACUGCUGUUGUAAAAAAAAAAAAAAAUCCCUGUUCACCUUCUGAUUCAAAGCAAAAAUUUUGCUCAACCAGCAAGUUUUGUUUCGGUGAGUGAAUGAUGGUGACGGUGCUCCUAUUUUAUUCCAUUCGAUUUUUUUUUUUAAAGAAAACAACCAGGCACUUAAAAUGAGGCUUCUUUUACUGAGACGCCAUUCUGCGAUUCAGAAAUUUGUCUGAAGAAAAAGCACUGCUCUCCGAGCUUUUGGUUGCAGCACCCCUCCACCUCCGAAAAGACCCUCCCAUGUUUGUUCCACACUUUUGAUUUUAUUGUUUCUCCUUCGUGCCCCAUCCUCAUGUCACCAGUCCACUCCUUCAUGUGUCUUUGUUUUAAUAAGACCUGGAUGAAUGAGUGCAUUGUUUCAGGAAUGUUGAGUAUCUCGGCAAUUAAAUACAUACAGAUGGCGUGUGAGUGUGUGUGUGCGCGCGCGCACGGGCACAUGGGCCUUCAUACACUGGUAACGUCCUGACUUGACGACUUUUUCGACAACCACGUGAAAAGAAUAUCUUCUCUCUCGCAGAUUCUAGACUUUUAAGUACUUUUUUUUUAAACAAUCAGAAUAACCCGCACAAAAAGUGUGAGAUGGUUUAAAAAAAUGUCAGUUUCCUGUGGCACGGUACUUUUGCUUUUGGUUUCUUAAUGGAGCUUAUAUCACCAGCAAAAGAAUCCUUGUAACAGGAAAUAUGAAUUGAAGUAUUAAUUCUUGCGCAGAUGAAAGCAUCGAACACAUCCAGUGCAAUACGAUAAGUACGGCGGUAAUUUGUAAAACGCGACCACGUAUUCUUAGGCUGCCCAGUCAACUAGAUCAUCGCACGCCGUUUGGAACUUCGAACCCCUGCAUGUCAACGCCGCCGUAAAGAGAGGACCCAGAGGAAAAAAUAUCAUUUUUUUGCUGCAUUCAAGACAACGGGGAAAUCGGAAAACUCCUGACCUCAAAAAAUUAUGACUGACCAGUGACGCCACUACGAUAAGCUAAUAUUUGCUUUUUAUUUUAUUUUUUUGAGGGGGUGGGAGCGUAUCAUGCGAUUUUAAGUUUUCCCACAGUUCAUUAUAGGUAUAUAUGAUUAUAUAUCACCUUUGGCACAAAGGCAAUGUCAUUUCUUCUGACAGCUGAGUUAUUUUGGCGGCUAGUUUUCUAACCCGGAAGUAAGACGCCUGAUUGACUAAAACCCCACCUCCGCUCUGCCCCGAACUUUGUCAUCGUUCGACUCGAGGUGCGUGCAAUGACCGCUCACAAAGUAGGACAUCUCAAAAUUACACUUGAAAGACUCAAUGUACCAAAUCAAAAUGACUGGUAACAGCAUAUUGCAGGGGGCUACUCGGAAACCUUUUAUAAUUUAUUUGUGGCACUAAAAUCAGAAGAGCCGCAUGUCAACGCAAGUUGCGGGGACAGCUGCUCCGAGAAAGCGGGCGUGUGUUAGUCUGCACGGGUGGUACGAGGUCGUUUUCCUGUAUCGAGCGGGGCUGGUGCUUAAAAGAGAGGAAUAAUGAGCAAAAACGCUCCCAAGAUGAAACCCACCUCUUUGUGGUGUGUUUUUGGUGAGGAAUUACCAUUGUAACAUGGCUGCACUCUCCAAAAAGGUUAAUGUAGCAUGAUAUAGGUCCUUUAAAGUGUUUGCUGAAAAACGUCACUCAGAGAUAAUGUUGCAGUACGUAUACUCACCCAUUUCCAAUGAGAGAGCUGCAAAAUGAUCAGUACCUGAAUUUGCUAUUUAUAGGUACAUGUUUGUGUAAAGAUGAAACGUUUGGUUCGGGGGUGUCCUGAUACAACCUUUUCACUUCCAAGAAAAUCCAUAUUUUAUACGAUGCACCAGACAAUUGAGAGCCCAUAGCACGCUAUUGGGUUGAAAAAUCCUGCUUUUGUUGGGUUCCGCGUCGAAAGCAAAGGCGGAUGAAUCCCAGAUCUCACGUCGGGGCUCUUGAUGUGGCAAUUUUGCUGGAACUCUUGUGUGAAAGAGACCAUAGAUUCCCCUGGUAAAGUUCCCAGAAUUUAGGCUCACUUAAGUCAACACUUCACAACUUCCCAAAAUGGUGACUUCUUUAGACAGCAAGCUGGUGGUUGCAGCCAAGUAGUUUUUGCCGCCAUUGCUUUCAAAGUGUGGUAAAUCAACAGUCGGUUCUGCAAGCGAAUUUUUAACAGUCCAUCGACUAUUUUUUUUUUUUUUUUAGAUGUGGACAAAAACACUACGUUCUAGCACAAACCAUAAAAAUUGGGGAGUAUUUUUUUUCCCCUCAGACCUUUUAAUUUUUAAUCUUUCUAUGCAAACAUCCGACAUGGGACACAUUCUUAAGACUGACAGGACAUUUUUGCUUCUUUUAAGACCUUUGUAGGUAGUAAGAAGUAUUGUAGAUAAGCCUCCUCCCGCUUUGGUACCAAACACCUGUAAAUAUGUAACACUGUAUUUAAAUACCAAUCACAAUAAUAAUAAUAAUAAUAACUGGCUUGUUUUGUCUUGAAGGUUGUCUUCUUUUUAAAGAUAGAGCUGUAUUUAUCGUUGCUGUCAGCAUUAUCUAUGGUAGCUUCUAUUGACAGCAUACUUGUGUACAUAGGUCCACCUUUUGUAGUAUUAUUUCACAUUGAAAAGUAGAGGGCAUUUGCAACGGGUCGGGGGGUAAACAAAACGACUAUUGAGCGUCGAAUAAGUUUCUCGCUAGUUUUGUACGGAAGACGGAAGGAUAGCGCUAACACGGUACAGGAGUUACACUCCACUUGCUUUGAAAAUUUUCUAUAUGAAUAUAAAUACAUCUAUAUAUAAAUACAUGAAUUUAAGGCUGCUAGAUACAAUCACUAAUUUUAUUGUGCUGACAGAGAAAAUUAGCUAUGAACGACUGUUAAACCCUAAUUCUCCAACAGCAUUAAGCAUUGUUUUUUUUUUUUUUCUUUUGUGCGGCAUGUGUGCGUUUUGUGUGGGUGUGCGUUUGGGUCUGUUUCCCGUCGUCCCGUCGUCAAGCUGAACCAAGGUUGGAUGAAGCUGAUUAAAAACUUGCUGGCUGACAAAAUGUAAGAUGUACAUUUUUUUUUUCUUCUACAAAGGACACG